AUGUCACUGAAUUUGGCGUCGCCAAAAAGAAGCAGUGUCGGAGCAGUUGCCAAACUCUUUCUCAAGACCUAUACGCAUUUGCAUACAUUCAACGAACAUGCGCUUCUCAAGACGAUAUUGCACCAGAGGCACCGACCUGUGAUAACAGUUGGAAAUCAUUUAUCCGUCUUGGAUGACCCUAUGCUGUGGGGCAUAUUGCCGUGGAAGAUAUUGACAGACCAACACCGCAUGAGGUGGUCACUAGGUGCUAAAGAGAUUUGCUUCGGUAAUCGUGUGACAGCAUGGUUUUUCGGUUCCGGGCGAGUGAUUCCAAUCGUGAGGGGUGACGGGAUCUAUCAGCCGGCAAUGGACCUGGCUAUUCAAAAACUGAACCAGAAUGGGUGGGUGCACAUCUUCUCUGAAGGACGUGUAAACCAAGAGUCUACCAUGUUACCCUUCCGAUGGGGAAUAGCAAGGCUUAUUAUGGAAUUAAGCCAACCCCCAAUAGUCGUACCAUUUUGGCACAAGGGCCUCGAGUCCGUCAUGCCUGAGAACACAAAGUUCUACUUUCCCCGUCCAAAUAAGGAGCUAAUUCUCGCAUUUGGCGAACCGAUCGAUUUUGGCAGCAAUGGAAUAUUGGAUUCUGUUAAAGAGCUGGAUGAUACUGAAGCCCGUAUUCGGCUAACGGAUUACAUUUUUCAACAAACUGUGCAAGUGCAAAGGGAUACGGAGAGGAAAAUUGGAGAUCCAGACUGGAGGACGCGUGGACGACCGCUCAAGGGAGUGGAUGAUGAGCCGCCUAAAAUGGGAGAUCCAUCUUGA